AUGAUAAACUCCACAUUUGUGUCCUAUUUUUCUCUUGCAGCCUAUUUUGACACAGGCGUCUGUAAAUAUGUGUAUUUUUUGCUGAUUUUGUCUUUGUAUGUUUUUAUCGUGUGCUCUAAUUCGUUCCUCAUCAUUCUGAUCUGUGUGAACCAGAGCCUCCAUGACCCCAUGUACAUCUUCCUGUGCAGUCUGUUUGUGAACGAGCUCUAUGGUAGUACAGGUUUGUUCCCUCUCCUCCUGGUGCAGACUCUCUCUGACGUGCACGCCGUUCCUGCAUCCCUGUGUUUCCUGCAGAUCUUCUGCGUGCAUUCUUACGGGGCCGUUGAGUAUUUGAACUUAGCCGUCAUGUCGUAUGACCGGUACCUUGCUAUUUGUAAUCCUCUGCAGUACAACGCUCAUAUGACCUCUACAAAGAUGGCCGUGCUCAUAGCGCUGACAUGGAUCUACCCGUGUUUGGCCAUGGUUGUGUUGUUAUCUCUGACUUCUCCGCUGCAGCUGUGUGGGAACGUCAUCCACAAAGUUUACUGUGAUACCUACUCAGUGGUGAAGCUGGUGUGCUCCGACACAGCUGCCAUUAACCUCUACGGCCUCAUUGCCACUUUUAGCACCAUCUGUGUGUCUCUGCUCCUGAUUCUGUACAGCUACAUGAGGAUCCUGCAGGUCUGUUGGUCUGGAUCCAAACAGACCAGACAGAAAGCCGUCAGCACCUGCACACCUCACCUGGCCUCCCUCUUUAACUUCUCCUUUGGGGCCUGUUUUGAAAUCUUACAGAGCCGCUUCGAUAUGAACAAUGUGCCCAACAUGCUGCGAAUAUUUUUAUCUCUGUACUUUCUGACCUGUCAGCCUCUUUUCAACCCGCUGAUAUACGGUCUGAAGCUGUCCAAAAUCCGUGGGAUAUGUAAAAGUCUGGUUUCACCAGAGUCCUGCAGGGUCUCUUCUGAUUUCCGUUAA